UAUCCGCAGCGCAACUGGUACCUCAUCAUUUCCUUGAAUUAGCCCGGUUCAUUCCACGGUCUCUUUGGAUUCUGUGUCUAUAUUCAGCUGGACACCCUCUAUAUCAUUCGCAACCCUAUCACAAAACAUCAUGCACCAACAUCCUCGAUCGCCGGCGCCCCCUGCGCCCGUUGCAACCAGGUCGAGCCGCUCAGAAGACAAUCGGGAGCAAGAUCCACGUCCAACCUCCCCAGCAUUCGAUCCUAGGACAUCAAGCAGAGGACUGGGGAUUGAGACGGGCGCUGAGUCCCCAGAGCAGAGCCAGACUCGCCGGCCAUCUAAAGAAGCGAUAGCAAAACUCAAUCAGAUCAUAUCAAACUACCAUACCAAAGCCGCUCUGAUAAUACUUCAUGCCCGCGUCGAACUCCCCCCAUCCCUCAACAAAGGCUCCGAUACUCCUCGGGUCAACCGCUGGUUCAACGUUGAAUUAGAAGAUACCGACGUGCUCCGAGAACAACUACGAAUCUGGAGGACAUGUGAUGCAACCGAGAACCGGCCUCCGCCGCUAAUCAUCGAGACAUACCUAGACACUAAAGGCCUCACCAACAAUCAAAGCCUCGUUGCCUUGGAUGAGCAUGGAAAACGGUUUGAUGUCUUGGAGUCUCUGUCUUCGUCUCCAGAAGGGCAAUCUGCCGCACCUCGCCCUGCAGGGCCUGACGAUGUGAUUCUGGAGCGGUGGAAGGUGGAACUCGGAGAUAUGUCUGAUAGACUACCGACGGAUCUUGGUUCUAUUCUGCCUACGGUCUACAAAAAGAGCAUCGUCCUGUUCAGGUCUUUGUUCACCUACUCUAAGUUCCUGCCUGUUUGGAAGUUCGCAAGACGCAAUGGGAGGCUUCGGACACACCCAGCUUUGCGGAUCAAGUACCGUAUUUUGGCUGAGAAUCCCGAUGCCAUGACUUCGAAGCCAGAUCGUCUGACGACGCCUCUGUUUGAAAGCAGCGGCAAAGUCGUCGACACGUACAGCUUCGGUGUGACGGAUUCUCCCGCUGGUCCAUUCUCUGUCGAGGUCACUUAUCGAACGAGCUGCGAAUUUCGUGUAGAUGAUUCCGAAGCCCUUCUUAGUUCGCGUUUCAUGGGUGCCGAUGAUGAAGGUUUCCGCCCCUCCCUUCCAAGUCGAGAUUCGCAUAUUAAAGCGACCAAUCCGGAGGUAGGGUCGGUCCCCCUCGAGAAACGGACUGUCGAAAAUGCAGACUUUGGUCGAGCAUAUGGAAGCCUCUCAACCUUCCAUCAUGUUGGGCCUACCACCAGUGCAAGUCCUAUCUCAGCCCUACGUGCUGCACAGCAGUCUGGUGCCUCGUCUCCAUCACCACCCGCUUCAUCUUCUCGAAAACCACUUUCUACAAACAAAGCAAGCCCUAUGGGCCGUGCUGCUGUUCUCGCCAAUGAAGGUAGUCCUGGCGUUUUUAGGCGGCCUUCAAUCUCGUUCCAGCCAUUCAAAGCCCCUCCCUUGUCAGCCUCUCCAUCUCUUGUCGAUACUCCGCUUGGGGCUUCUCCCCGUUCGACAGUGACCCCCCGUAUGCCCAUGUCUGAAUCCAAAACCAUGCCUUCACCCUCUAUGGCAACGUCUACCCGAAAGUCGUUGCCCGGCCCUUCGGAACAAACCGUUGUUCCUCCAAACUCUGCAUCACCACGACCCAACACAAUUGCAAGAUACAGUAGCGCGUUCUCUCACCGCCGUGGAAGGCCUUCUGUCGGUACAAUCACUAAACCCGACGACGAAACCUCCAGCGGGAAAGCUAGUGCUACCUCAUCUACCGCUCAACCUGGUUCUGGCAUAAUUGCGGAAGCGACAGGAGCGACAGGAACAAGUGCAGACUCAAUUCACGGGGAUGAUGAGAACAUUAUGGAGUUUCUGAAGCUCGUAGACCAGAAAAAGGACCUGCUGAGUAACUCGAAAUCACCUGCUCAUGAAGACCAAGGACGGGCUGCAUCUGCUGCAUUGACCCGCUAUCAGCUUAUGAGAGAUUCCAAUGCUGCUCUGUCGGAAUCUAUCACGUCUUCUUUAAUACUUCAACGCUCGUCCAAUUCCUCAAGCAGGCAAUUGCACAGUGUGCCGCCAAUGGUGGCUGGUACCUCAAUCUCGACGGCUUCUUCACCAGGAAAGCCUAUUUCCCCCCACACCCCCCACACCCCAGCCAUACCCUCGCGCUUGAGCUCGCACAGCAUUGUUGACUAUAAUGACCCUGGCAACAACGAUCGACGGGAUUCGCAUGUCGAUCGCAGCUCACCACUUGAUGAAAACUCUAGUGAAGGGACGACGUUGGUUAACCCGUCGGCCGUAAACGCAAUUGAUAUUCCCACGUCGCCUACGUCGCUGUUCCCUCCCUCUUACCGCCGGCCAAGUUCUGCUGCUCAUCGUCGGCGGACAGUCACAACGGAUGACGAGGAAAUUUUCCCCUUCAAUCUCCGCAGUAUAAGUCUUGGGGCUGAGGAUAGAUCCAACAAUAGCCUUAGUGCCAUACAACGCCAGCAUGACUACGAAAGCGGGAAGGGCAGUUCGAAUCAACCGCAGAGAAUACCGCAAGACCCGUCCGGGAAUGGAGAUCCGUCUUUGGCACCGAGCACUGCAAUACGCACUUUGGGUACGCAGCGAGGUGCAGCCGCGUCAGGCCCGUCAGCAGUCACGUCAAGUAAUCGCGUGUAUCAGCCGCGCUUCAGCCUUUCUCGCGGACGAGGCCUCUCCGGCCCUCAGUCUCUGAGCUCCGGCUCAGGCAGCCUUGCACGUGGCACGACUGUUCCUUCGUAUCUCACUGAACGCGACCACGAUCGUGAUGGUAACGCUAGUGGGAGCAACAGCGGUACCUCAACUACCGAGGGUCAACGACCUAGUACCGGCCGCAGCAAUCCUCCACAAUCGCAAAUUGAAGAGGAUGAACCCUUGCUUUUUGCCAUGAGUGAUUUCGGGGCCUCUCGGCGGAGCUUCGAAGAAGGCAGACAGGGCCAUCAUGGCCCUGAUCCCACUGGAAACUCCAGUGGAUCGAGACGAGGCGGCGGCAGGCGAGGCGGCGGGCUUUCUGGCUUCCAUGUCUGGCCGUGAAAGCCAUCUCCUCUCAUAUGAACCCUCUAACUUCGACUUAUAUUCCUCGGUGCUUCAUGCACCGCUGGUGUCUUUGGCCUCUUUCUCCCCAAGCAUCUUUACAUACCUUUCUACCUUCUAGCCCUUCUAUUCUCUCACAUUAU